GCGGCGCCCGCGGUGGAGCGCUACAUGGAGGCCGAGGUGCUCCGGAGCCAGCUGCAGGUGACGGGCGAGGAGCUCGUGCGGCUGCGGGGGGAGGUCGCCGCGCGCGGUGACGAGCUCGCCAGGGGCCGGCCGCGGCUGGCGCAGCUGGAGGACGUGGAGGCGGAGUGCCUGGGCGCCAUGGCCGAGCUGGAGGCGGUGCACUCGCAGGAGAUGGCCGAGGCGGCCGCCCUGCACCAGGAGGAGCUGGCCUCGCUCCGCUCCGCGCACGCGGCCCGCGUGGCCGAGGCCGAGGCCAGCCAGGCGGAGGAGGUCGGCUCCCUCCGGCUGGCCAGCGCCGAGGAGCUGGGCCGCCUGCGCUCGGAGCUGGAGGCCGCCAGGUGGGAGGCGGACGUGCACGCCCGCGAGCAGAGGGACGCGGUGCGGGAGCUCUCCCUGCGGCAGCGCGAGAACACGCGCCUGUCCAGGCGCCGGGGCGAGGCCCGGCAGGAGGCCCUGGAGCACGCGACGCGCCUCGAGGUGCUCAGCGCCCAGGCGGCGGGCGCCCCCGCGCGGGAGGCCGAGCUGCGCACCGCGCGGCAGCGCCUCGGCUUGCUGGAGCAGACGGCCGCCGAGUGGCGCGAGGCCCUGAGCAGGAAGCACACGGAGUGCAUCUCCUGGCGCCGCAGGGCCCUCGCGCGCGGCUCGGCCGAGGGGGAGUUCCCGAACGAGGCGGAGGCGGAGCUCGGCGACCUGGCGGAGCUCGAGUGGGCGCCGCCCAGCCGCCUGGCCUGCGGCAGCCCCUCCGGGGCCUCCGCGCGCUCCGGCCGGGGCGCUGCGCCGGCCGAGGGCGGCAGCCCGGGCGGCCGGAGCGCGCUGCCGGCGCCCGCGGGCCGCGCCGCGGCGCUCGGGCGCUCGCCGGGCGCCCGGUGGCCCGCCGGCACGCCCGGGCGCUCGCCCGCCGCAGCGAGGCCGGCGGCGCCCGGCGGCGCCGCGCAGAAGCGCCUGGCGCUCGGGCCUGCGCCGCGGGCGUCGGAGGCGGGCGGGCGGCCGAGGGCGGGUAUCUUCCAGCCCGCCGACGCACAGGAGCAGGAAAGGAUGGACGAGGACCGGCCCGCGGAGGAGUUCUCCGCCGCUGCGCUGCGCGCCGCGCGCCUCGCGGCCGCGCUGGAGGCGGAGGAGGACGAGGGCGGGCGGCUGGAGCUGGCAGCGGCGCUGGGGGACGCCGAGAACGACGUGGAGAUGCUCGUGUUCCUGCUGGACGAGGCCGACGCCGGCGAGGCCGAGGCGCUCCUGGGCCUGGAGGUGCAGCGCCAGCCCCUGCCGGUCGCCAAGCGACUGCGGGCGCAGAUGCGGGAGCUCCGCCGUGGCCGUGCAUGA